AUGAUCGGCCUGCUUGGGGGCGAGGUGGCCGUCAUCGUCACCUUCAUUGCAGCCAAGCUGGGUAAUGUGAAGGAGAGCCUGACGCUGCUCAAGGUGUACAAUGUCCUGCAGUGCCUCGUGGGCGGCAUGCUUGUGCUGGUGUCAUGGCGCUACCACACGGGCCUCAACAUGGAGGAACGCCUUUACUCAAAAAUCGCUGAGCGCCACAUCCUCUCAAAGACAACUGCCUACUCCCAGAGCUCCGUGUCGCAGGCCAUCCAGUCAGCGGAGCUGACGGUGGACAUGGUGCUGGCCGCCUUCAUGAUCAUCACGGUGGUGAUCAGCCACCGCAUGAUACAGGAGAAGAUGCAGCUCAAGAAAGAGGCCGCGGAGAGGGGCGCAGGCAAGCGCGCCGGCGAUGCGGGGCCGGGCGGCAGCGGCGGCGACGGGGACGAGGCGCCUCAGGCGGUGCCGCUGGAUGAUGACGAGGACAGGCGCGUGACCGCAAAGGCGUCCACGCGGCGCCGCGCGCGCAUGGCGUAG